AUAGGGCAUUACCACAACCGCGGCACCAAUCUACACCCACCAUACUCAGCCACUAUCAAAAUGAGUGAUCCUGUAUCUCUCUCAUUCGCGAUCGCAGGCAUUCCAAGCCUCUUCAUAUCUUGCUUGAAUUGCUUUCAAUACAUUCGGCUCGGCCGGCGUUUCGGAACAGACUUCGGGUUCUCUCUCGCUAAACUCGAAGCCGCCCAGGUCCGCUUAACUCGAUGGGGUGAGCCCAUCGGACUUUUAGAAAAUAAAGUCGACAUCAAGGGGUACAAAGACGCAGACAUCAUCAAAGCGUACCAAUGGCUCGGCCAAAUCGAAACUACUUUUGAAGAUGCAAAGACUGUAUCAGAGAAAUAUGCUGACAGCAGAAAGAAGAUGGGAAAAGAUAACGAGCUGGAGCUGUUGGAGGAGGAACAGAUGCUGGAGUCCGGAAGUUCUGUCAAGAAACUUAUCACCUCUAUGAGAUCAAUCGCAAAGGAGCGACAGAAGCAUCUCAACUUUACGCGGAAGGUUUCGUGGGCAUUGUAUGGGAAAGACAACUUCGACUCCUUGAUCGGGGAUCUCGUUUCACUCAUCAACAAUCUUGUGGAACUCUUUCCAUCGAAUAAGCCUCGGCUCAAGCAACUCUGCUACCAGGAAGUUGAUAGUCUCGAGAAAGAAAGUGUUCCCGACCUUGACAGAGUACUCAAGAACAAGGACGGAACAACAGACGAUGCAAUGCUGAGCGAGUCAACUGGCAACUAUAUUCAGGCACACCGUUCCGAGUUCCGCAAUAUUAAGAUUGAAGGUCAUGCAACUGGCAUAUAUGGCGAUGAGUACGGCUUUGAGGCAGGCGUAAAGCCAGGCAACCUUAUGAUCGACGGAAUGUACAUUGGAGGCAACGGAACGGGCAGAGCAGGGCAUGUCUUCUAUGGCAAGCAAGGAGCACAGGGAAUGCGUUCGUAUGAUAGAGGCGCAAAGGCAACUCAAUCUCGAGAAGAGGAGGCCGAAGAACCUUCAAGAAAGACCUAACGUGUCGGUUGAUACUACUACAUUGAAUAGCCCUAAUGAAAAGAAAGUUGG